AUGGCAUCCAGUGAGUCGAAAGCACAACGUCCUGGGUUUGAAGCGUAUCCGGCGCCGAAAAAUCUCCAGUCCAAGACUGUAACGAGAGAGGAGCUUCGCCAAUGGAUUCUUGAUGGGCAGAAACCAGGCAAAGACUUCCUUCUUAUCGACGUCCGCCGCGAGGAUCACGAGGGCGGAACGAUAAGAGACGCAAUCAACCUCCCAGCGCAGAGCGUAUACCCAUCCAUCCCGACCCUAUAUAUGUUGGUUAAAGGAGCAGGGAUUAAGAAGGUGGUAUGGACAUGCACAACAUCUCGUAAGCGAGGCAACCAGGUUGCUGGGUGGUUUACGGACUUCAUCCAAGGGAAGGGUGAUUCGGACAUCGAGAGUUAUGCGCUCUUUGAGGGGGUCCUUGGGUGGGCUACCGCUGGCAGAGAGUUUACGGACCUGAUGGAGGGAUACGAUGAGGAAGUGUGGCGCAGAGACUAUUCGAAGCACUAA